UGUCGGUGUCUCUGGGAAUUAUGGGAUUGCGGAAUCGUGACAGUCCGCAGUGAGGAUUUCAGCGGCUAGUUUCAUUCAUUUAGAAUUCAUUUUACAGAAUAAAAAUGCCGGAAUUAGCCGUGGAGAGGGUUGUUGUCCAUCCGUUGGUGUUGCUGAGUGUGGUGGAUCAUUUUAACAGAAUAGGAAAAGUUGGCAACCAGAAGCGAGUUGUGGGUGUUCUACUGGGUUCCUGGCAUAAGAAAAUCCUUGAUGUGUCCAACAGUUUUGCAGUGCCUUUUGAUGAGGACGACAAGGAUGAUUCAGUUUGGUUCCUUGAUCAUGACUACUUGGAGAAUAUGUAUGGCAUGUUUAAAAAGGUCAAUGCCCGAGAAAGGAUAGUUGGUUGGUACCAUACUGGACCAAAACUACACAAGAAUGACAUUGCCAUCAAUGAACUCAUGAAGCAGUACUGCUCGAAUUCAGUUUUAGUUAUUAUUGAUGUAAAGCCAAAGGACCUUGGUCUACCCACUGAAGCCUAUAUCUCUGUAGAGGAAGUUCAUGAUGAUGGCACCCCCACAUCUAAGACGUUUGAACAUGUGACCAGCGAGAUCGGGGCCGAGGAGGCAGAGGAAGUUGGUGUGGAGCACUUACUCAGAGACAUCAAGGACACGACGGUGGGCACCCUGUCCCAGCGCAUCACCAACCAGGUGCACGGCCUGAAGGGGCUCAACUCCAAGCUGCUGGACAUCAAGAGCUACCUGGAGAAGGUGGCCACCGGCAAGCUGCCCAUCAACCACCAGAUAAUCUACCAGCUGCAGGACGUCUUCAACCUGCUGCCCGACGUCAAUCUGCAGGAGUUCAUCAAGGCCUUCUACCUCAAGACCAACGACCAGAUGCUGGUGGUGUACCUGGCCUCCCUCAUCCGCUCGGUGGUGGCCCUGCACAACCUCAUCAACAACAAGAUCGCCAACCGCGACGCUGAGAAGAAAGAGGGCCAGGAGAAGGACGACAGCAAGAAGGAGAAGAAGGACGAAAAGGAGAAGGAGAAAGAGAAGGAGAAGGGAGAUGCCGCAGCCAAGAAAGAUGACAAGAAGGACAAGAAAUGAACUCGUGCAGCCAGCCAUUCCUGACACAACUUCGGCAGUGUUGGAGGAUUAACUUUUCUGUUUGUUUGUUUUUUUCCAUUUUUGUAGCUGGAAUUUGUAAGGUCCCGCCAGCUUGUGCAGAGUUGGAUGGGCACUGUAUUUAUCAUUUUUGAUAAGGACUCCAUGUUUUCUGUAUUCAUUAAAAGACGGAAGGGAAUAAAUGGAUUUCUUUUGUGA